UGUGUGUCUCUGUGUGUGUGUGCGUCUGUGUGUGUCUGCGCGCAAGUCACAGCUGGAAUCGCAUGCGUCAAAGGCGAUCUCCACCCCUCUCUCCCGUCGCUGGGCGUGCACAAUAUAUACCAACCACAUCGUAGAAGCUAGCCGUCAUUUGCAUUCUAACCAGAGAGGGACUUUGGCUCGUGUCUAGACGGUGUGCGUGCUCCAUAGAGCUCCUACCUGGCUAUUUUUCACAAACAUAGAGCUAUGUUUUGACUACUGCUGCUGCUACUACGCGUGGUUACGUAUUGUUAUACCCGCGGUGUCAUCAUCGCACGAGCAGGCUGUAAGGAACUUGAAUUCGAGCGUGGGGCGUGUUGACUAAAAAUCCUGCCCCAUCUGCUGCAUCUUGUGUGAUGAAUGGAGGUGCCCAGGGGCAUCUUGCUGCUGCUCCUGACGUGCAGGCUUUUCGCCACAACCGCAGCCAGCCACCUGGACAAAUGUUCCUCGAAGAACGAGCUGUGGUGGACCAGUUUUGCCCCGGCGGGCACGGUGGACCUGCCCACCUUCUCCUCCGCCACGGCCAUCCAGCACAUAGCGACCGACGGAGACCACCUGUACGUGGGUGCAGUGGGAACGGUGUACGUGCUGGACUCCGACCUGAGGAUCGUUCACGAGAUCCCCUUCGGCAACGUGACAUGCGAGAACCCGGCGGCGCCGGGCCCUCCCCCGGCCGGUGACAACCUCAACCUGGUGACGGUGGUGCACAAGAGCACCGACUACCAUUUCUUGCUCACGUGCUGGAGCGCGCAGCGCGGGGUGUGCCUGCUCCACACGCUCGACGAGCUGCCGCCCGCCGGGCCGCCCACGUGCCUCAACGGCGGGGACAGCGACGGGUGCCCCGACUGCUUCGCGAGCGCCGCGACCACACAGGUCGUGGUGAGGGAAGACGGCGGGGCGCAUUUCUUUGUGGGCGCCUCCACCGAUCCGUCGGCGGCCGACGCCGCCUCGCCCGCGACGCUGUCCGUCAAGCAGCUGUUGGGGAAGGAGGACGGAUUUAAGUUCUCGGUGGGGCACCUGCCGUCGCUGACGGUGCUGCCCGAAUUCCGCGCCGCCCACCAGAUCCGCUACGUGACGUCGUUCGGCAGCGCCGGCUACGUCUACUUCGUGACAGUGCACCCGGGCGCGCGGCACGGAGGGGGCACGCAGACGCGCAUCGGGCGGCUCUGCGAGGCCGACCACGGGCUGCAGUCCUACGUGGAGCUGCCGCUCGUCUGCCUGCUCUCGGAAAAGCGCAGGAAGCGCCGCCAGGCCCCCGGCAAAGUAUCGGCGCAGGCGCCGGCAGAAUCGGUGAUAUUCACCUCGAUGGUGGCAGCGUUCGUUGCUCGCCCGGGCGGCUGGCUCGGCUUGCAGCUCAACGUGGGCGCGGGGGAGGACGUCCUGUUCGGCGCGUUCAGCGAGACCGGCGCGACAGCCCGCUCCGGGAUCUGCUCCUUCCCCUUGAAAAUGAUCAACGAAUACAUCGGGCACGGGAGGGACGCGUGUGUCAACGAAGAGCGCGACAGGGGCAUGCAGUACUUCUUUGGGCCCGGCGAGCGCAAAUGUCAAAAGAGCGUGGCGCCCGUCAGCCCGUGCGGCUCGAACAACGACUCCCCGCUGGUGCUGGCGUCCGACAUGACCCGCUACGACAUGUUCCCCAACCUGUUCAAGGACACGGCCGUCACCUCUCUGGCCGUGCACACUCUCGGCAACGACACGGUGGCCAGCGUGGGCACACGCGACGGGCAGCUUGUGCAGGUAUUGAUGGAUCGCGACCGCGUCUAUGAGCCCUACGUGAACAUUACGCUGGACAAGGGCAAGGAGGUGUUGCCUGCAGCCAUCGUUCUUCCCCGCAGUGGCGUGUUUGUCGUCGCUGGAAACAAGGUGACACGGAUACCGCCAGAGGGCGUGGGGUGCGCCCACCUGCUGGCGUGCGACGCGUGCAUCCUCGCGCCUCGCUUCGCGCACUGCGGCUGGUGCAACACGGGGACGUGCUCGCGGAGCUACGAAUGCGCGGGGCGCUGGAGCCUGGACUCCUGCCCGCCGGCCGUCUCCCAGUUCUUUCCGACGUCAGCGCCGGUGUCAGGAGGCACACGGCUCACGCUGUGCGGGAAGCACCUGCUGGAGAUCACGGACUACGUCGCGAGCAGGCGCCAGGAGAAGACCUCCGUCACUGUCGGAGCAGUGGACUGCAUCCUCGAUCGUCAAAACAGCAACAACACACUCCUCGUGUGUGUCCUGGAGCCGACGAGCAGUCGGGAGAAACUCGGCCGCGUCGUGCAAGUGAACGUGACCACCCCCAGCGGGGGCUCCACCCUCGUGGAGGGAUUUGAAUUUGUGGUACCAGAGGUGACAAAGAUCUCGCCCGCGUUCGGCCCGCUUUCCGGGAUGACUCUGCUCACGCUGGAGGGGAAACACCUCUCCGCCGGCUCCGAUCGGCAGGUCCGAGUCGGAGACAAGCCCUGCCUCGUUGUCAGCUUUACAGAAACGACGAUCGUGUGCACUACUCCCAAGCACACCGCGCUGGAAGAACUUCCCGUCUUCUGGAAGAUCGAUAACUCCAUGUCCCCCACCCAAGCGUUCCAAUACCGCCCGGACCCCAACAUCUCCAGCAUCCAUCCCAGCAGCAGCUUCAUUGGCAGCGGGGACUGCCACGUCAACGUGUUCGGCUCAAAUCUCGACUCGGUGCUCCACCCCCAGAUAGUCAUCCAGGAGUCGAGCUCAACGGGGAGCUCCAAGGACUGUGUGGUGAUGGAACAUGGCUUGGAGAUGUUGUGCCUGGCUCCUGAGCCUGCACAGGGCCCAGGCAUCGCGCAGCUCACCUUCAAGUUCGACGGAAUCAAUGUGGGCAGGUUCAGCAUGAACUACCUCAAGAAGCCGCCCUUCUUCAUGCUGCCCAUCGCCAACCCCACCGUGAUCACCACCUCCGGCUCCCAGAUCAACAUCACCAGCGAGGCGCUUGCAAAGCUGGUGCAGUUGUACCAAGUGACGCUGAUGGUGGACAAGUGGAAGUGCGGGGAUGUGACCGUGGGCCCCACGUGGGUGUCGUGCAAGAUCCCAGGGGAAGCCAUGGCUGAGUCAACCAGAGACAGCCUGCCGCUGUCGGUGAACCUGUGUCAGCUGAAGCGCAUCCUAGAGGAGGUGAAGCUGCCACCGCGCCACAACCACACGGUGGGCGUCGUCGUCGGCCUCCUCAUGGCCGCCAUCGUUAUUGCCAUCGCCACGUUCGCCGUGCUGCGCGCCCAACGCUUCAGGAAGAAAGGCUCCAACCACGCGGCCGUGAAUGGACACCCCAACCUGGAGCUGUUGUCAGAAGAUCGGCGAAACAGCCGCGUGGAGAUGUCCACCCUACUGCGGCCCAACGCUGACUACAGGGAGCCACUCCUGAGCGAGCAUGAACUUGCCGGUGCGCCGUCAGGCUCCGCCGAGUCAUGGGGCCCGGUGUUCAGCCCCGGCUACCGGGUAGGGGACAGAGGUGGGGUCGGGGGGGUCAGGCGGAUGACCUCGGUGGAGGUGCUGAGGCUCGACCUCCUGAACCCCGCGCUGCUUGACGAGGUGCGGCCCGUGCUCAUCCCGGAGUCGGAGCUGAGCGUGCACGGAGAUCGCAUCAUCGGCAAGGGUCACUUUGGCUGCGUUUACCAUGGCUCUCUGAAAGACUCUAAAAGCAACAAGGAGAUCGUUUGUGCCGUGAAGUCCUUGAACAGGAUCACUGAGGUGGAGGAGGUGGAGCAGUUCCUGCGAGAGGGCAUCAUCAUGAAGGGCUUCCACCACCACAACGUGCUGUCGCUCCUCGGCAUCUGCGUGCCCGCCCACGGUCUGCCUCUCGUCGUGCUGCCCUACAUGCAGCACGGGGAUCUGUGCCACUUCAUCCGCGACGAGGAGCGGAAUCCCACGGUCAAGGACCUCAUAGGAUUUGGUCUCCAGGUGGCCAAAGGCAUGGAAUACCUGGCACUCAAGAAAUUCGUGCACAGAGACCUCGCUGCACGGAACUGCAUGCUGGAUGAGACGUUCACGGUGAAAGUGGCGGACUUUGGGCUGGCGAGGGACGUGGUGGACAAGGAAUACUACAGCGUGACGGCGCACCGUGGCGCCAAGCUGCCCGUCAAGUGGAUGGCGCCCGAGAGCCUGCAGACUCAAAAGUUCACCACCAAGUCCGAUGUGUGGUCGUUUGGCGUGCUGGUUUGGGAGCUACUGACGAGGGGGGCCUUCCCCUACUCCGACGUGGACCCCUUCGACCUCACGCCCUACCUGCUGAAGGGCCACCGCUUGCUGCAGCCCGAGUACUGCCCCGAUGACUUGUAUCAACUGAUGCUGGAGUGCUGGAGCCACAAGCCAGAGAUGCGGCCCACGUUCACGUCGCUCAUCUCCGAGCUGACUUCCACGCUCGACGUGCUCGAAGGAGACCACUACAUCAACCUCAACGUCACCUACAUCAACCUGGACGCCCCGUACGCCUACCGCAGCGCUCUGCCGGCCCUCGACUCUCCCCGGGAGCUCUACAACACGCCGAGUGUUCCUCCCUGUCCGCCUGAUGACAAGGACAGUGCUGCUGUGAAUGGCAGCACUGCUGUGGCAGAUAUUACAGGGGAUCGGCCGAACUCGGUCGUCGCCUAAAGCAUGGACUGCAAGAGCCGUAAUGUCCCCCGGUACAGGCCCCAGCUCUCAAGAGGGACCUCAUCAGCAGCAACAGCAGUAGCAACGAGAGUUUUCCUAAGCUGGCCACGAUGAACCGAAAGCCUGCGCAUAGGCUUAACCUAAUGAGUUGUCUAACCACGACCCAAUUGCUGCCAAUAGCGGACAGAUGCCUCGAGUGCCCGUUCUGAGCUCUGCAAAAACACUCGGAUAGCUGCCUGUGAGUCCAUGGUGUGUGAAAGAGAGAAAUCUAACUCAUUUGGUACGGGUUGGAGGCCCUGUGUUAGGGUGGAGAUGCCUGAACAAUUGUCGCAACCGCACAAGAUGCAGUGAGUGGCGACGGUAACAAGAGACUGAUGUCAGUAGAGGCCGCACUCGCUGUCCUAGGGACUAGAGAGGAGAGCCGCAGCACCUCUUUAUUCAUAACGGCCAGCUCAGCCUUUGGCUUGAAACGAUGUUUGAGCAGCGGAGGCCCUCAGGGACCACAUUUUAGUUUUCCUCGUGACAAAAAAUCGACACUGAGAAGUCUGAUGUCGCCGUGCUGCACGGCCGGACUGAGAGCCGUGAACAAAAGUUCAGCACGAAGAGACGGAGAUGGUCACUUCGUGUUUAGAGACUGACAACUGUGGUGUGCGUGAUUAUUUGUCAACUGAAUAUGAUAAGUUCAUUUACAGGGUAAUUCGAUUCUAUAACGUGUUAUCCCCCGUGAGCGGAGCAGAGUAAUGUUUUAUUGAAUGUGAAUAUUCCAGUGGUAACUGUGUUCGUGUAUUUUUCACUGAUGUAGUGAAUUAUAUAUGAUGUAUAUAUUUUGAUUUAAAGCUUUCGUGACUGCAGGGAUUCAUAUUCUUGGUUCUUCCGGUAAAGUCACGUAGAAGGGAAACAAUAAAAUAAUACAAAUAUAAAACAACACAAUUCUC